UCUGACUGUGAAACAAUAGAUCAAUGGUGUGAAUCUCAGACUUCUUCCUGUCCCCUACUCUGUCUUCAAUUGCCAAACACGACGGGCUCGCCCACAGCAAACACCUGCAACCCUAAAACCCUUAUCUACGACUGUACUUGCAGCAAUGGCCUGAGCCCCAACGCCUCUCAGUACUCUCAGACGAUUCCAUACUUCAUCUGCACCGAAGAGAAUAAUCAAUGUGUCAACAAGUGCGAUGGAAACUCGACAUGCCAGUCCGAUUGCCGCACUGAGCAUCCCUGUGGUGCCCAAAAUCCAAAGCGCGUCAAUAUAACCACUACCGCAGGGGCAACUACUACUAGUGCCUCAGCCACAACCUCCGUGCCCCGGUUCACUGGAGUCCCGGGCGAGGGGAUAGCGGCUAGACCUUCAACUGAUCUUGGUCAGGUAUACGGCCUGGUUGUAGUUGUGGGUGUUUUCCUUGCCGGAUUCACGACUCUCAUCUGA